AGGGUCAGCGAGAGGAAAGUGGGAGGUAGAGGGGGUGAGACUGGCCUCUGCUCCUGGGUUUGAUGUGGAAACUAAGCUGCGACCUCUGUGACUUGACUCUUAUGACUUCUCUUUAUCUGCGUGUCAGCUGUGGGGUGUUUGUGUUUAACUGUGGUUGCACCCACGGUAAGUCAAUUAAUCAAUACACUGUGUACUUCUAUGUAUACUUUUAGUUGGGCUACGUGUACUCAGUAGUACCUUUUGUCUGCUUCCAUCGAGUGCCCUAAAACAUUCCCAAUCUGUUCUCAAGCCCAAAGAAAACAACCUGAUGAAAACAGAAAACAAUACUUCUACAUGUCCUUAAAGGGUGGGCUAUGUGUGUGUAUGUGUGAAUAGAAGGGACCCCCUGCUGUGUUUGGGUGUUCACUGAGGUAGAUUAGUGCCUGUCUAAAGUCUUGCUUAAAUUCAUUCACAAAGAGGACUUUAACUAGCGCAGGAAUUAGUAUUAUGAGAUGUGUAACUUCAUACUCCGCAUGAGCACAGAGGAGAGUGUUUUGGUAGGCCACUCAAAUAUUUGAAGGAGGCUUGAAUUAGUCAAAGUUUUCUGUUAGUAUUUUUAUGACUUGAUGUCUAUCACUUUUGUGGUGAAAACAAAAAAAUUACAGGGACAAAAUAUAGGGAAAAAAACCCUAUAUAUAUAUAUAUUCACAAUAUUUUUAAUUUUGAACUAUAUCGAUAAUUAUUGAAGAAUGCUUAAAACAUUGUAAAAAAUAUAUUUUACGUGUAGGUCUGGCCAUUUUAUUUUUGGUAUUUUUAUUUUUCCCCGCCUCUUCUCGCUGCGACAUCUUGCUGCCUCAUGCUCUGUUUUUGCUUGAGAGGGUUGGGCCUUGUGACAUAGCAUGCCAGAGUCUGGUUUUGAUUGGUUAGGAAUAAGUAGUGAGUCUAGUAUGCUGCUACCUAAUAGGUUAUAAUGAAAAAAGAUUACAAUGAACAAAGAAACUUUUUAAUAAAAGUUUUAUCGACUCAUUUUUUUUCUAUCGCACCACAUGUCUAUCGAUAGAUAUAUUGAUAUAUUGAAGUAUUGAUGAAGUAUUGAAUUAUUGUCCAUAUAUACUGCACUUCUAUAUUUUCUAUAUUUUCUUAUAAGACAUUUCAUUUCAAACAGAAAAAGGCAGCUUAUGAAGCGUUAAAACUGUAGACACUGCUUGGUACUUCACACUUUUAUGCUUGAAUAAUGAGCUUCUUGAUGAGAAGUAAACCAUUUUCAUGAAAAUUUAAAGACUCAAGUAGCUACUAGGGCCAACAGUAAAACUGAAGGAUCUAUUAACAAUGUAAACUUUAUUAGAUUUUUAUUUGCUUGCCAAGGAGUAAGGUCAGUGCAACCUAAAGGAUUUGGGCUCUAGUUAUCCUCGAUUUUGUUCUCGUUUAAUUUAGCUCUUAAUCUUUGAACCCACAGCAGUGGUAGUCACAGAACUGAAUGGUGUACAGUGUAAAUUUGAGGUUAGGUGAUGUGAUGGUUUGACCAUCCACAUCUCAGAUACUGUUGGUGUGAAGUCAGUAUUAUCUUGUUCAUAGUGAAUAAACUUGUGAGAACACAGUUUCCUAUGAGUCAGUAACAAAUAUUAGUAAACCAGUUGUGUAAAUCCUUACAUGAUUGCUAUACUUUGUGUAUUAUGUAAUCAGUGUUGAGGAGUAAUCGUAUAGAUGUACUGCUGAAUUUAGAAUACUAAUUAUGAGUAACUGUAUUCUGGUGUACAGUUACUAUUUUUAAAUAUGGAAUUUACAAUAGUUACUUUUGUAAUACCAUUGUGUUUUCCUUUCCUGGCAAGCGAUCCAAUAGAUGUAAAUAUAUAGUUUGACCACGAUUCAUUGACGGCUCUCAGUUGUGGGUUGGGAUCCAUGUUGUCUUAUAAACUGUCUCCACUUGCUAUUGGAUAACAAACGUGGCAUACUCACCACUAUGGAUGUCAGUCAAUGAGGCAGUCCACCAUACGCUGUUGAAGAAGAUCAAAUACAUCUUUUUUCGAAAUAAAGAACUUAAGUACCUCUAUCUGCUCUUGUCUCAAAGCAAAACCCAAGUCAAAAUUGUCCAAAGUUGAUACCAAAGCCGUUUCUAGCCACCACCAUAUUUGUUUUUUCAGUAACAUUCCGUCCACCAAACAGAGCGCUGUGAUUGGGCCGCUACAGAUGUCAGUCACAGCCCACAGGGCAGUCCGCCAUAGGCUGUUGAAGAAGAUGCAAACAUCCUGCCCACCAAACAGAUAGAGAGCUGUGAUUGGCCUGACAUCAGUCCUUCAGGCUGCUUUGGUUCCAGUAUUACAAACAGUAAUGCUGUGCUAGUUCAAGCUCUUUUUCACUUUAUUACAGAGACAGAAAUAUGCCCUCUUUCUGCAGGAGAAGCUACCAGUGCAUUUAAUAGACUUAAAUACUGUUUUUAAGGGAGAGUAUUUAUUUAGUAUUAGUAUUUACUUAGUACUUAGUAUUUAGCAUGCAGUACUAGAAUUAAGCAAACACAUUUUAAAGCAGGUAUUCAGAAUCAUGUAACUAAAUACAUUUACUAAGUAUUCUCCCCAAAACUGUAUGCAUUUAUUGAUGUAAUUAUGUUUGGAAUAGUACCAUAAACCCAAAACAUGUCCACUAAUUCCUUAUAGGAACCCUGUUUAUAGACUGCUUACAAGAGAAUCAGGUGUUACAACAUACCAAUAACAGUUUCAAUCAUAAGCAUUAAAAACAUGCAGAUUCCUGCAUUUUUAAAGAGAUAAACACUAUUACUUUAUUUAUAGAGUAUGCUUUAUUUUUGUUAACAACAGGAUGCCUCACAUAUCUUGUUGUUUUCGCCACAGCUGCUUCUAGCCGCUGGUAGCUCAUCCCCCAUCCUUAGACAGGGUCCAAGAGCUUAUCGUUGUGAUCCAUACAGGUGUGUGUUUCUGAGUGUGUGUUAGUGUGGGGGUGGUGGGAGGGAGGGACUCAAUUAAAAAGUCAGUCACUAACAUAUGGAGUCUAUCUGUCAAUCACCGGCGCUCUGCCUUGGACAUUUAAUUGCUCGGAGAGAUCCCUCCGGUGAAGACCUCCUCUGUUGGCCGUGAGUCACGACACACAAGUUAAGCUCUUGUUGACAGAUUGAAUCUUUCAAGGAAGAAAAGCUCGUGCUUUGGUUUGUUCGUUCCCGGUUCCUAUUCGUGGAGAUGAAAUUCCCUGCAUUAGCCCUAAUCAGCUGGGUUAACUGCUGGCAUAUUGAGUGACUGCUCAUUGAUCCAAGUGGGUGUUAUGGAGUGUAUCAGCAUUGAUUGCAGAUAAACUGCAGUGUACUACAAUAUCUGGCUGAAUCCAUAUGGGUGCCUAUCUAUAAGCCAAGGCCAAAGAAGACAGGGGGAUUUAAAUCUGAUGGGUACCCUCAGCACAUAAAUGCACAGUGAGUGUAUUCUUAAUUUAGUUUAAAAGAUGACAUCAUAUGAUGGAAGAUGUUCUUUGGUUUUGAGAUAUAACCCAUUAAAUGCUCAUUGUUUAAGUUUUCUGCGAGUGAUGUAAGACUAACGAUAUCUAAAGGUGACGCCUGUAAGCCGAGGUCUCUGGACAUUUAUUUCAUCAUGUCAAAAGAUGACAAAGUGCUCCCUGGCUUUGCGUUUUCUCUUGUGGAUUCAACCUUUGACCCGUGCCCCAGCCCGCGUUUGUUUACCAAAUUGAGUUAAGGCUGUACACAGAGCUCUGGAGCAUGUGUGUUUAAUGACUGGGAGGAAGAGACACAGAGCACAGAGAGUGUUGUGCAACAGAUUCCACAACUGAUGGAAAAAAUAGUGGAAUAAAACAAAAAAAGACUGACGAUCUGACAAGAGGAUCACAGACAGCCUAUUUUUAGAUUUUUCUACUGGAUGGUUCUAAUUAAAACUCACAUAAAUCUAUCUAUCAAACUAUCGAUCUAUCUAUCGAUCAUUCUAUGACUUCCUAGCAGCACCUUGAUUCUUUUCUUCUUGCUGUUUCAAAGAACCACGCCGUCCCCAGAGUUGAACACUCAGUUCUAACAGGAAGUGACUCACUUUGCAGAGAGCUUGCCCCCAGACUCUGAUUUAAAGUUUCUUGACAUGUUUCCAUGGCUAGGAUGGAAAGGUAUGCCAACGGAAGGGCUUUCUAUCUCUGAUGACGUUUCCUCUCUCUACUGAGCGCGCAGUUUACUUUAGCCAAAUAUGGUUGGCUGACAGACGGAAGGAGAAAAGAAGCCAAGGAGAAGGGAUGGAGGAGCAUCUGAAGUCAGCAUUUCCAGAGUGUUUUGGAUCAUCCCUGUGCUGUUCUUUUUUGAGAAGCAGUCGCUCUUUGCAGAAUGUUCUGGGAGCCUCUCUUCUUAAAGCUCAGCGCAGAUGGCUUUUGCAGACCUGCGAAACGAUGAAGCACGGAUAUAAACUUUGUUUCAAGUUGUAGGCUACUGUAGGUCAGCUGUUUGGAGAAUUCGGGAGGCUGUGGCACUCUUUGACUCCAGAACAGUCAAAUGCAGCCUAAGAAACAGGAUGUUAAUGCUUGACGGAAUGCCUGCAGUCCGAGUCAAAGCUGAGCCCCUGGAAUCGGAACAAGGGUCACCCAAAGUUCGGCCUUUUUCUGCAAUGGAUGGCCUCCCCUUCUUCCUCAGCAGAGUUAAACCUGAACCCCCAGAAGACCUUCUCGCUCACGACCUCCACUUCCACACGCAAACCGAGCCUGUGGACCUGUCCAUCAACAAACCCCGCCCCCUAUCUUCAUCUGCAGCCACCACCAAAACAUUAUUAUCAUCCUCAUCAUCAUCAUCCCCACAUAGAUCCGCAUUCUCUCCAUCUUCUUUAUCGUCAUCAUCCUCCUCCUCCUCCCCAUCGGUAAUCACCUCAGCCUCAUCGGUUCUAACGCCAGGCCCCCUGGUUGCCCCUGGAAGCGGGGUGAGAGGUCAGCCGUAUUUGCACAUCCUGCAGUCUGUGCCGCCGCCUCCGUCCAGUCCUCUAAGCCUGCAGGGAGCAGGGAAGCUGGCCAGCCAUGUUCACCGCAUCCCAGUUGUGGUGCAGUCACUGCCGCUCAUGUACACCGCCGCGGUGCGAUCGCCCUCCAGCCUCAACAACGCUAUCAUGCUACCUCUGCUGGAAGACGCCAAAAGCCAGGGCAAAGCACACACGGAACCCAACGGCCUGUCGCCGAGGCAGAUCAAAAGCGAUAGCGAUGACGACGACCUGCCAAACGUGACCCUGGACAGUGUUAAUGAGACCGGCUCCACGGCGCUCUCUAUAGCCCGUGCCGUACAAGAUUCUGUGUUCCGUUCUUCCUACAGCUCCAUGUCCCCGUUCAGUAUUGACAGCAUACGUCGCCCCCGGAGGUCAGAGUCACCGGAUUCAAAAAAGAGGAGAAUCCACAGAUGUGACUUCGAGGGCUGCAAUAAAGUGUACACCAAAAGCUCCCAUUUAAAAGCACACCGGAGGACGCACACAGGGGAAAAGCCAUACAAAUGCACCUGGGACGGUUGCACCUGGAAGUUCGCCCGCUCCGACGAGCUGACGAGGCAUUACAGGAAACACACGGGGGUGAAGCCCUUCAAAUGUGCAGACUGUGACCGCAGCUUCUCCAGAUCUGACCACUUGGCCCUACACCGACGGAGACACAUGCUGGUGUGAAUCAGAACUACGGAUAUCAGUGGAGAGAGGCCACCAACUCGCGCAUACACACACACACACACAUGCACGCACACACACAUGCAUGCACGCACAGGCAGCCAAGGGAGCGGGAUCUCCCUUUGAAUGUUCUUCAGCUGGCCUAGAAGCCUCACACACACACACACACACACACACACACACACACACACACACACACACACACACACACACACACACACACACACACACACACACACACACACACACACACACACACACACACACACACACACACACCGAACCUGGGUCAUGAGGAUGAUGGAGAGCCAGAUUGGACAAUGGUGCACAAAACAGGGUGAUUUCUGGAUCUUCUUUGGGUCAGAAGAAAGCAAUGACGGGAUGUUGGAAUGCCAUUGAAGUAAAAUAGGGAACUGUCUUUAAGCAGCACUGUUUAUUAAUGUUUCACUUUGAUUUUUAAGAUGAAGUCACACUCUUUAUUUGAACAAUCUAUACACACAUAUAUAUAGAAACGUAUAUAUGUUUGCAUCUUUCUUUUCAGUCCCAUUUAAACAGCUGGUGUUACAGCAUUCAUAAUGUGAACGAUCCCCGUGAAAAGAAGAGAGAGCAGGAAGCAGUUCCAGGUGGACGGAUUUACAGACAGUAUUGUUUUUGCUUUGCCUCCCUGUUACUUUGAAGUAUGACCAGAAGAGGGCGCCGCUUCACUACAAAUGGUUUUUAGUCUGACGUCAGACCAUGAGGAGCCAGCAAAGUGUAAAAUACAUCCGCUCAAACAGCUACAGCCCGAAAGGAUCAACCUUGUCGCCACAUCCAAAACCUCAUCUAUCGUUUGUGUCCCAACAGGAACUCGACUCGCAUGUCGUCACACCAGCAGACACCACACACGCACACUGGACAAGCCCAUAACCCAUCAGUGCUAUUCUUCAUGUUGAGCCUCUUGGAAAAGUUCUUUUGUAACAAAGAAAAACAACAAAAAAAUACAUUAUUUUGUGGAUUUUGAGCUGUGAUUAGCAAUCAGUAAAGUGCAAUCUUAAAUGAUAUAUAAAUAUAUAUAUAUAUAUAUAUAUAUAUAUAUAUAUAUAUAUACUUUCAGUAUGAAAAUGUUUUGUUUAUGACAUCUUGCUUUUUCUUUUCCCCUUUUUUAACUGCCUGCUCACUGCUUAUGUUUAAAAAAUACAACCCCUCAUGUACGGCAAACUUUGAAACAAUUGGAGAUUUCCAUUAGGUGAAAAUGAUAAGUUACAAAAACAACAGAGGCACCUUAGAAACAUUCAUUAUGUCCUUUAAUUACUCUUGAUUGGUUAAUUCAAGAUGUUCUGUGUUUCACUUUUUUCAUUUUCAUUUUAUUGCUUUUUUGAGCAAGGCACAGCGCCACCUGCCAGACACCAGCUGGAAGUGCUACAAAGACGAUUUUUGUGUGCAAAAGAGCAAGGGGCCUCCUCCUUGUUCUGAUUUGUUGAUGUCAAAACCGGAGAAGCUUGUCCUCACUUGGCCUCCUGACUCCCUCUGUUCUUUCUGUCUGGUCGAAAAUGAAAGCUGGUGUCUCAAAUGGUCAUUUAACUCCCAUUUAAUAUGAUUAGGGCUAAUUUUCUAACACACUUGAAACAUCUAAAUUUAGGAUAAAAAUUGGAGAUUUGGGUGAUGCUGAAAGACUCAGGACACAACAACUAAAUGUAUGUUUUCCCUUCCGGAUUUCUUCUGUUUCGCUUGUUUUUGAGUCAUGCUCUUCAUGUAAAUGUGUCCACAAGACUUUAAAAUGAUUCUCUGUGGACUGAUUAAGAAGGUGUGUGUCUAAAUAUAUCUGGUGUGAAGCUAACACUCAAGCAUGGUGGGGGCAGGUUGAUGGUCUGCUCCUGAAGAACUCUCAACCUUUACCCUAAAAACCGGUUAUAACCUAGUAUAUGUUUCGCUUAAAAAUGUGGUUUGAUAAAUUUUUCUGAUAAUAACAGUCACUUUUUAUGCACGCUAAACAUGAAAAAAGUCUUCUACGCCUGUCUCCUGCAUUAGCUUCUCAUUGAAAAUAGAUGGUGAAACUCUAAGAUGGAAAAGUCUGACAGAUUUACGUCAACAGUCUCUUGGACUCACCCAUUCUGACUCACGAUAGGGAAGGCUGUUGUUAGAUUAGCAUCCAGGAUCGGCAGAGAACAUCUCGGCUAACAGAAGCUACCCAUUAGCAUUAGCAACUCAACCACAUGGCAGAAGCUCCUCCAGGCUUGUGUUAUCCAUGGAGAUAAAACAUCAGUGUUGCAGAGCAAACAGAAUCAGUGGUAGAGUCACAUUGCUGUUAUCGAAUCCAUGGCAAGAUGUCCAAAUAUCAGGAAAUGAGACAAAAUCCUGCCGAGUUAAGCUCUCCUCUGAUGUGGCAGACUUGUCCGUGCUGAUGCAGGCGUUUCUAGGCUUUUAUUUAACCCUGAGUACGGCUUACAAGGCAUUCAUUUCUACCAGAAACCACUGCAAAUGUAUUGAAUACAUGAGUUCCCCCCACCUUUAAUAGAUCCUUUUGAAAACGAAAUGUUGCAUUUGUCCAAUAUUGAAAUUUGCGGAUUAAAGUGACUUAAUCAAUCAAUCAAUCAAUCAAUCAAUCAAUCAAUCAAUCAACAUUGUUUAUUUGGGUAAUUUAAAGAUAAGAUAAGAAAAAUAACACAAUAAUACAAGGAUUACAAGUAGAAUAACCAAAAGGUAUAGGCUGAAGUCUAGCUUUUUAUGCCUAACCUAUUUACUAAAUCAAUUUUAUACUCAGAAUGAUAGAAAAAAAUGAAACAAAAACAUUUGUAAAUUGUUAUAAUAAUAAUAAUAAUAAUAAUAAUAAUAAUAAUAAUAAUAAUGAAUGACAUCUAAAAUAAGCAAAUUAAAAGCAAAAACAGAAGAAAUCUGUAAGAUGGGGAAGACUUAUUUUUUUUACAGAAGUAAAACGGGUUUCAAACCACCUCCACCGUCUAUAUUAUAUAUCCACAGGAAGGUUUUAUUUAGACUUUUUGGCACAGACAACACACGGAAAGCAUCACUUAACCUCAAUCAGGGAAUUCAAUUAAAAGAAGUAUAUCUUUAUAGUCCUAAUAACUGACUUUUUUGCAAGUGUUUCCAGUGCUCUUAAUGCCGCGUAAAAGCUCCGAAGUCUAAACAUCAAACCAGACGAUGUUAUUUGAUAAGUGCUGCCAAAUGCAGUUAUUGGAUGGAAGCCAGUAAAAAGAAAACCUUUUCAAUGAAGGUACCUUGAAAUCCGUAUGCUCAUAAACUAUUACACACACUCACCUGCACGCUUCAACACUUUCCAGUAAGGUAGCCAAAUCCAGGAAGCAGUUUCCACACAUACACACAGUGUGUGUUUGUGUGUGUGUAGGAGGCACCCCCACCUUUGUUUUCAUAAAUUGGACAAGAUGAUAUUUAUGUUUAUCCUUCAUGCACAUGUCAUAUUGCCCAGUUGUAUUAUCCUUUUGGCAAAAGCAAUCAGCACCUUGAUUAUUAUUAUUAUUAUGAUUAUGAUUAUUAUUAUUGGUCUGAUCUUCAAAAGAUUUAUUUGUCAAAGUUUAUAACAAAUAUUCAUCAUAUUUUAUUAUCCUUAUUUAGGACGUUUUAUGAUUGCGGGGCGCUCAUGUACAACUUUCUUUAUCUUCUGUAAAAAAUGUUCUUAAAUGUUGUAAUAUAUGUGACAGUGAAGGUAAAACGCUAUUUCAAAUUUCUACAGUCUGUAAAUAUGAAAAUACAUCGGAUAAAUAGGGCUUUUGAUCUGUAGAUGCAGGAAAUACGUUUAUAAAGUCUUUUCAGAGACUGUAAUUUAUCUAAUUUGAUAUACCAGUGAAAAGGGGCUACAGGUGUGUAAAUGAUCAUGGUGUUCUUUCAUGUUUUCGGUUCAUGAUCGAGUCAUUUUAUUAUUUUAUAAGGCUGAACCAGUGUUUGCUAUAAUCAACAAAUGAAUUGUGUACAUUGAUAAGGUACUCGAUUCCCUUUUGCUAUUUUAUACACCUAAAAAUGACAAAGGAAGCACAUAUCAGCAGCUCGUGUACUCCUGUUCUCAGAGAGGUUGCCUGCCUUAACACACCAGUGUUUAACUAAAACUAAUCAAUCAGACUUGAAGAUGGUGUCUCUACCAGACAGGGUGUAUUGUAUUUCCCUCCCGCCGCAUCCCUCUUCUCAUUUUUAGAGCAUAAUUUUGUUAUGGUAACCAGGGUCAAAGUUAUGCAAUAAUAAUGAAUAGUGCCUCAUAUCACUCACUUGUAAUUUCACCUGCUCUGUGCAGAGUUUCGAUUCCAAUGUGUGUUGUUCGAUUUCAAAUAAGAAGCCGGUCAUUUUGGAGAAAUUUAAAACACAGAAAAAGAAAAAGCACAGAAAACGAUAUGCAAGUCGGACCUCUUUACGUUUCUCUUCGCACUGAGCCUUAUAUCAUUGUGUCAAAUAAUGCAGCAUCCUCCCAUAACUCUUUAAAAUGUUUAUAGCUCACGCCGUUACUUUGCUUGCAAUAAGACACCUCCUCCUGGUCUGAGGGGAACCAGAUGGAGUUACAAAAAGCCUCUGGACGUUUCAGAUCCAGCACAUUGGCUAAACGCAGUGUUUUCAUGUAAGAUAACGGGGAAUCUUAGUCACAGGACACAAAAAAAAGAUUGAACAAGUUAGUCCUGUGGUUGGCAUUCCAGCAGCGAAUCAGCGCCUGUGUUGAUUUCUCUCGGUUAAAUGAAUAUUUUACUUUCUGUGUAACAUCGGAUUUUUGAUUUUGCUGGUUUUGACAACUUUAAGUAGUGAAGCCAAUGCCUAUGUUUCAAGUUUGCUAAUAUUACGUACAGUAAUUGUUGUUUCUGUAUUUAUGUAAAGUGAGUGUUGUGUAAAUAUAUUCAGAUCUUUUCAUUCUUAUUGUUCGGACAAAAAAAAUGUGAUAUUGCUCAGUUUUCACUUUGAAAAGGGAGAUUCUGCUCAUGGAGUAAAAAAAAAGUCUGUAAAAGAAAUUUUUAAAUCUGAUAUUUUUUAAAACUUCAAGAACAGAUGUCCUGUUUCACUUUGAUUUCCUCCAAGAGUUGUUUCAGUAUCAAGUCAAUGUUUUGCUUUUUUUCCUUCUUUCCUCUGUAAUUUUCAUAUGGAUGGAGCUGUGAAUUUAAAAUAAGUUCAAACAUAUACAUGUAUAUUAAUAUGAAUGGAGGCAUGAAGGUUAAUAAAGUUGCAUUUUGUAUGUAACACAAUGGGAUGGAGCGAGUUGCUGUCUAUGAUCGGGAUGGAUGGUAUGUGGAUUCAGUGUCACACAUUUACCCCAACCCACUCUUAGCAUCUAGGAGACAGAUUUAAAUCACAACACAUCUAAACACUAGAAAUGACUUUAAAAAUGGCAUUUCCAUCAAACACAAAAUAGAGUGCAUAAAACUGGACCUCCUAAACCUUACAGACACAAAUGCAUUUGAAGAAAGUACAAUAUGACUCAAGUGAGUAAAUCUUUGAACACAAGUCAUAUGAGAGACAUAAAAUAUCUGAUACUGAAAUCCAAAACCAAGUAAAACAUUAUCAACACAUAUAUACAGUAGUUAUAUAUUCACUUUUUAUUUCAGAUAUUUAAAGCUUGAACAUGGAACAAUGUAAUAAAAAGCUACAUUAAAAAAUACCUCCACGAGGCAUUUUGAGGUGUGUAAACUGAAGGUACAAUAUUUGCUGUAAAAGCUAUAUUUAAAUAAAAAAAUAAUCAAAUAUUUACUUUGACAGGCAUGGCACUGGGUUCUUGUUUACAUCGACCAGCCAAUAGAGGGCACCAUCCGCUCCACUCAGUGAGGCUGGCCAUGUGGAAAUUGGUGCACUCGCAGCUGCUUCUGAGCCCAGAUGUUCUAACGUUCAAUGCUGUUGUAAUAUAAACUUGUUACUUCAAUUCAGUUUAUUUAUCUCGCACCAAAUCACGACAAGAGUCGUCUGAAGGCGCUUCACACAGCAAACAUUGCAAUACAGUUCAGUUCGUUAAGCCAAUCAGUAAAACGUUUCCUAUAUAAGGAACCCAGCAAAUUGCACUGAGUCACUGGCUGGUAUCAGUGACUUACAGCAGUCCUCAUACUAAGCAAGCAUUUAGCGACAGUGGAGAGGAAAACUCCCUUUUAACAGGAAGAAACCUCCAGAAGAUCCUGUAGUGUUUCUAUGGCUACACUGUGAUCUUUUAGUAGAUAUUCUAUUUACUAAGAGAUAAACUUUAUUGUUUUAAUCAAGUGGAUCUGUAAAUAAUUCAACAAGUGAACCAAUCAACACAUUCCCGCUCCCCCCUUCUCUUACUCAUGAACAAGACUCCGAGAUACUUGAACUCUUCCAUUUGAGGCAGGGCCUCUCUCCCGACUCGGAGUUAGCAAGUAACCCUUUCCCGGUCGAGAACCAUGGUCUCAGAUUGGAGGCGCUGAUCCUCAUCCCAGCCGCUUCACAUUUGGCUGCGAACCUCCCCAGCAAGAGCUGCAGGUCAGAGCCUGAUGAAGCUAGGGGGACCACAUCAACCGCAUAAAGCAGAAAUGAGAUUCUCCUGCCACCAAACUCCACACCCUCAACAUCAAACUGCCCAAUUAUAUUCAAGAUAAAAAAUAAAAAUAAAAAAUAACUAUUGCCGAAAACUGUGCCCUGAUUUGUGGUAAGGAAUAAUCUUAUUUGAAAAAAGACGGAACAAAACACCACCAAGAAUUAAGCCUUGGGGGACGCCAUGUGAAAUGUUCACUUUGUCAGAAUUCAAAUCAGCCAGUUUUUGUGUUUAAACCAAUCAUGAACAGGACAAGAUAAUCUCAUUUAUCUAAUCCAUCCAACUAAAGAUUAUUAACAGAGUCAAAAGCAGCACAGAGACCCAGAAAGCUAUACAAAUAUAUGUUUAUAAUCUGUGAUUAGAUCAUUUUUACUAGGCAUAUAAGUUUACAUACUGCAUACAUGUGGGCUGAAUACACUUGUUUAAACAGUGUGAUACAUUGUUGCUAUCUAGCAGGAGCGAUGCCUGAUAUUUACAACCUGGUAUGCUCAAACACAACGUGAAGUGAAUGCAGCUUCUAUGAACAGAUUUAACAUUUAGAGGAAACACCCUGCACACCCUGUACUGAACUCUAUCAUGACUGGAUUUAGAUCAAUGUUUUUGUCAGCCACAAAAUAAUUCAGAUGAUUACAAUCUAUUACCAGUCCAGUAAGCAUUUCACAGUAUAAUAUUUCACCUGCACCUUUCACCACUUCCUAGAGCUUCUAGGCUUUAAAGAGGGUUGUCCUAAUGUGCAGGUAACUUUCUCUGCAUCCAAGGCAUGCUCAGACAUUGCCAGUGGUUUCUGACUUUCUUGGCAGCGUUUGUCGGCUUUUUUCUGAGUCAUGUCACAAGCACACCUUAUGUGAACUGUAAACAGACUGGGACAUCUUGUUUUGUUUGGGCUAUUUGCUGUAUAACUGUUUCUAUUAUUAGCGUACCUCUGAUAAUUAUGAAAUUUAAGUACAACAUAAAAGAACUGGAACAAACUAGAUGAUCCAACACUGAAUCUCGACUGAAAUAAGAUCAUGAUAUAAACAUCUCCUUCAAACUGUUAAAUUCUAAAACUUGGAUUCUGGAAAUAGGAGGGUAAAACACACUCAGAUGCGAAAGUUUGUUAAUCUUCAUGAUUUUCCUGUAUAAAUCGUUGGUUGUUACGAGAACAUUUUUCUGUUAAGUAUGUCAUAUAGGAUAUAUGGUCUCCAGAAUCUGGUGAUAAUGAGUGGAAUCCAUGCAUCCCUCUACUUUAACAAUGUAGCCUCCGGAAAUGGUCUGUUUUUCCAUCUACAGGUCAACCUCUUCAGUAUUGGGUCACAUGGAGACAUAAGUCUUAACUGAGGCUUUAAUCUGUAAGAAAGAUACUGUGCUUGCCCAAGGUCCCUCGCAACCUCCCUCUUAUCUAAGACUGUUUUGCUUCACAGACAAGACAGAUGAACUUUCAUAAUUAAAUCAUAUAAUGAACAAGAUGAGUAAACAAUCAUAUGGUUGAAUGAACAAUAAUGGCUGAAGAAUAAUAACAAUGUUUUGAUUAAUCUCUGCUUAAAUUACUGAAGUUGAAAUGAAUAUUAUUAUGUUAUGAUCAGGAAACUUAGAUUUAACAAGUGAAUCACUAUCUACUGACAGCUCAGACACUCAGACAUGUGACGAUGACAAGGUUAAACUAAUAUCAUGGCACAUUGCUUUCUGUUCUACAAAUCAGAACUCCUGUAUCUGACGCGAGGUGUGUUUUCUGAGGUUUGUUGGUAAAACCCUUUUUACAUGUCAAAUUCUGAUUUGUUAGUAAAUCAAAACAUGACGAUUAUUAAAACAGGACUCACUUCACUUAUAAUGAUGUGGCGAGAAGGUUUGUAUUGGAAUGUUUAUUGUGUGAAAUGCCUUGAGACGACUCUUGUCGUGAUUUGGCACUAUACAAAUAAACUUGAAUUGAAC